AUGCACUUGAUACAUGGACGAAAUUACAAUAUUAGUUACGUUCUAGGUACUUCUAAUAAUAGUGCUAAUCAAAUAACAAAGUUGAUAAUUUUGAUAUCAAUGGAAACGAUAUGGAAACAGAUAUGGCCAACAACAACAAAGUCAAUGAACUGA